AUGCCACCCGGCGUUAAGAUUUACCGAUGCAUCUCCAAAAUUUCCACUCACCACCACGACAUUGCGGCUCAAGCCAGGUCCCGCGUGGCAUUACUCCCAAUCAGAGCGUCAAUUGAUACCACCAUGGGAGGCAGACAGAUCCGACCCGCAAGGGUCCUACAAACAGUCACCGAAGAGCUCAACCACACCGUCCUCGGCGGCAAAUCCAUCCCCACGCCGCCAUGGUACAACAUCAUGCAAUCCGUCCCUCCAGCCGAGACUCUCGUUCGAAACGUCACCCCCCGCAUAAGGGGCCCGAAAUCCAGAGUGACAAAGCCAAAGAACCUCUAUCGACCUCAAGAGAUAUUGUACAUUGAGGAUAGGCUGCGGGCGACGUUCUAUCGAGAUCAUCCUUGGGAGUUGGCGAGACCUCGUGUUAUUCUUGAGUCGGACGGAAAGGAUUACCAGCACUGCGAUUGGAGCAAGGGUUUGAGACAGCCUAAUAUUCCCUUGACGGGUGAAUGGCAAGUUUCUCUGGAUCCUGUGCGGCAAUUAUGGUUGAUGGAGAACGAGAAACUCGAGAAGCAAAAGGCAUACGAUAUAACACGCCGCGAAUUCUACCGUCUACGUCAAGAAGAGGAGAUCGAGAAGCGAGUGGCCCUCGAGGAAGCCAAGCACGUGGGCGCCUACUUUGGCAAGUCCCGCAUUGAUGUUUCGCACCAUCUCGAGGACCGAGAGUUUGAGAACUGGAAGAUCUGGGCUGGGAAGGAGACGGAGCGACAAGAGGCGAGCCGCAACUCCGAGAUUGAGGACUUUGGUCUUGAAGACGUGGAGGAGGAUGUCGCAGAAGAUGCAGAGCCUGAGGAAAAGGCUGAGGCUGCGGAGGGCAAGAAAUCACCUUGA